CUCUCUCCUUCCUCUGGACAUUCACUGCUCACCCGCGAGGAGAUGGAAAAGGGAAAUCACUCAACGGUGACUGAGUUCAUUCUCUCAGGACUGACAGAUCGUCCGGAGCUUCAGGUCCCUCUCUUUGUGCUGUUCCUAGUGAUCUACAUUGUCACCCUGGUAGGGAAUCUGGGGAUGAUCGUGUUAAUCCAGAUUGACCCCCGUCUCCACACCCCCAUGUACUUUUUCCUCGGUAAUUUGUCUUUCUGUGAUCUCUGCUAUUCCUCUAUAAUUUCCCCUAAGAUGCUGCUGAACUUCUUAGCCGAGAGUAAAAGGAUUUCGUACACUGCCUGUGCUGUGCAAAUGUAUCUCUUUGGUACUUUUGGUCACGUUGAUUGCCUCCUGCUGGCUGUGAUGGCGUAUGACCGUUAUGUGGCCAUCUGUAACCCACUGCUCUAUACGGUCACCAUGUCCAGGUGGCUCUGUCAUCAGCUGGUGGCUGGGGUGUACGCUGUGGGCUUGCUGGACACAAUGGUACACACCAUUUUUACUUUUCGUUUAUCAUUCUGCAGCUCCAAUGUCAUCAAUCAUUUCUUCUGUGAUUUUCCGCCGGUAUUGUCGCUCUCCUGCUCCGACACACGCGUCAACGAGAUUGUGAUGUUUGCCUUGAUUGGCUGCGUGGUCGUGAGCAGCCUUGUGAUCAUUCUCCUCUCCUACACCUAUAUCAUCAUCACCAUCCUGCGGAUCCGCUCCGCCGAGGGCAGGCGCAAAGCCUUUUCCACUUGCACCUCCCACCUGACGGCCGUGGCCAUGUUCCAUGGCUCCCUCCUCUUCAUGUAUUUCCGACCCUCCGCCAGUUACUCCCUGGAUACUGACAAAAUGGCCUCUGUGUUCUACACAGUCGUGAUCCCCAUGCUGAACCCCCUGAUCUACAGCCUGAGGAACAAGGAGGUGAAAGACGCCCAGUGGAAAGUGAUGCACAAAUUGCUAACCUUCUCUUGA